AGCGUUGGGAACUAAUGAAAUUACGUAGAUGGUAAAUCGCGAUGGUAGUUUCUCGAAAGGCAGAACGUUUUUUCCUUUCAUCGAAAGAAGAUGCAUCAUCGGUUUAGACUCGGGAUGUUACUAUGGUUGUCGAUCGCCGCGAUGAUCGAGGGGAACGUUGUUCGGAACGAGGAUAUCUGCGGAGUUCAAAACGGUCGGCGAUUGUAUCUGGAAUUGGGCGAAAAGGGUAUAUUGUACGCGAAGAAUGUUUCGAUGGUGAGAAACGAGGCGAGGAAAGGCGAGGGUUCGCUCGUAUAUACGAGUAACAGUUCCCACGCUGAAUGUAGUCUCGAGUUGGUCACAUGUCCCUCCUGCGUGAUAAUAGUCACCUUCCAGACCAUCGCGUUGUCCCAUCAUUGCGGCGACGGUACAAUUACGAUGGACAGCCCGUGCAGAUGCGAUUACGUAUGGAUCUCGGAACCACCGUACGAGGAUGUGUCCGGGACACCAUUUUGCGGAUUGUACGCACCCAUCACUUAUAAAUCCAGCACGAGAACCUUGUCAAUCACGUUGUUCUACAGUCAGUCACAUAUGCACGCGUUCACUCUCGAGUAUAUGGCAGAAAGAAACAGAUUGCACUUAAAAGGUACGGAAUUGACCGGUCAAGCAGCAAAAGGUUUGAACAACACCGGUGGUGGGAUUUUAACAUCGCCGUUCUUCCCAGCUCGGUAUCCUCGCGAUCUAGGCUUGGAAUACGUGGUCAUGUGUCCUAACGAGGCAUCGUCUUGCCGCAUCAGAUUGUUGUUCAGCGAUUUUCAAUUGGCCACCGUGUCGAUAAUGGAGUUCUACGAUUGGAACGGUCAACGUCUGGACGUGAGCAGCGGAGCGAGAUUUCGUCCACCGGUAAUAAUGAGCUCGGGCCCUUCGUUGCUGAUACGAUUCUACGCGAACGGUGGAACUGGGUUAGGUUAUAAGGCAUUCUACUCCUUCGUGAUCGGGCAUUCGUUGGACAAGUCAGUGAAACCGAUAACCGAUUGCGGGGGAUACGUGGAAAAUCUUGGCGGUGCCAUCACCAUGAUGGAUAUGGUCGGUGAAGGUGUGAAGACGUACGAUUGUGUCUGGUUGAUCAGACCAACCAAAAAUUUUCUACACUUGAAAACACAUAUGUAUCUGAAGGUGACCACUUUCGCGGAUAUGGCCGGGAAUACGGAACUGGUGAUAAAACAAGGACCAACCUCGGCCCUUUUACCGCUCGAGAUUUUAAGGCAUCCGACCAGUCAAGUUCAACAGUCUAGGUACACGUCUAGGGAACACGUGGCGCCAGUGGCGAGCGGGUUUCACGUUAGCUUUCGAGGAACGUUCGGCCCAUCCUCCCAUCUUGCCAUUGCGUACGCGGCUUUCAGCUACAUGGGUGAGCGAAAAAAACUUGAACUUUCAGACGGAUAUUUUCGAAAUUCGUUGUUUCCCAUUUUUGCAGAUUGUUUCGCCGGUUCGGAUUUUCUUUGCCGUAAUCACAGAUGCAUACCGAAUCAACUGAAUUGCGACGGGUUCGACCAUUGCGGGGACAAUAGCGACGAGCCAGCCACAUGUUUUCGAGAUUGGGAGAUGGAAGAUCAAGCUGAGGAUCGAAAGUGGCACGCGAACAAGGCCAACUAUUACUUUCCCAAGAUCGAUCGAUAUCCGGAUCUGAAGACAGCCACGUUGGUGUUCGUCGCGAGUAGCCUCGGCCUGAUCAUCUUGAUAUCGGCGUUGAUCAUCCUGCUGUACAGAAUGGGGGCAAGAGCCAGGCAACAGAGAGAACUUCAGUCGAGGUUGCAAACGAUCAGCGAGCUUCUAGUUUUCGACAUUGCAGACGGCGCGCGGAUCGACGAAAUUUCCGUAACAGACGAUCCCCCGGUAUACGAGGCGCCACCGGGCUACGACGAAGUGGUGAAGCUCGGAUUCGACUCGGAGAUGAUUGGUCGGAAGAAGCGAAGGAUGUUUCGAGGUAGAAACUCUUGUUCGAGUCUUCAAGGUUCUUCGUUGGAAGUGGGGGGAGGUCGAUCCUCCGUUUGUUCCAUCAUCGAGGCGGGUACGUCGAGCGGUAAUCAAGAUCUGGAAAUAUCUUCGAAGAACCGUGCUAUUCGAUUGCCGGAGAGUCCACCACCUCCCUACAUCACUCCUCCGGGAUCUAUAUCGCGACACUUUAGCGUAUCCGGAUUAUUGGCCGCUGAUUCGAACGCCAGCGUGCGAGACGACGAGGACGACGAGGAUGACAAUGAUUACAGGAAUGGAAAAGAAGGAGAGGAAGAAGAGAGAACGGAACGAAGGAACUGGUUUCGUCGAUCGAACGGUCCUCGAAUCUCGUCCUCCGCGCUAGAGGGAAAUCUGAAUCGAGGUUCGUAUCUGGACAACCAAAUUCUCGGCGCGUAUCCGCAGAUUCGUCACAGUUGGAAUUCGAUCCGAUCUACGACGGUCGGUCCACACUCCUCGAUUGGAUCCUGCUUCCAGCGAAGAAGUUUACGCAUUCUUCCUAUCGAAACGAAACCUGCUUCCUCUUCUACCGCGGAGGCAAGGAAAAAGGAUAAGAAGAAGGAGAUGGAGGAAAGCGCGGAUCCGGAAGAAUGGCCAUCGCAAGACGAAACCUCGACGGACGGCGUUAGAUGGGAGACUGAAUGUUCUUGCGAGGGUGCAUGCGGUUGCGCCACCGUGAUCUUGACGGAUUUCGAAGGAAGCGAGGUAGGAACGAGGAAGGGGAAAGAGGAGGAGGAGGAGGAGGAAGAGGAAGAAGAGGAGGAAGAGAGAGGAGGAUUGGAUCGAGCGAGAAGCACGAUCGUGAAAUUGUUGAAAAGGCAGAAUGUAGGCGGUAACAGCGGUGGAUCGAGCGCCGCGUCUAUCUCCUCGACUCCGUGCGAUACGUUCCGAAGAUCAAUGAGGAAAUUGUCGGUAUGCGCGCGCGAUUGUUACCUGGGAAGAACAUCGACGACCGUGGGAUCGAUGGUGGGUAGUUACGAGAAAUUGAGCAACGGCGAAUUGGAAACGGCUAUAUGGAGAUAUUUGCACGCUUUCGACCCGGCCUCGAUCGACUCGUGGCCCGAACGAGGAGGAGUGGGAAGAAACUAUCGACGAUACUCGAGCUGCGAUCUCGAGAGUUUGUACGAGAGGAUCAGGAUCCUGGACGGAUUUUUGGCGAGGAGGGGUUUAACGGUGUCGCAUCCCCGACGGAAGAAAUCGGUGACGGUGAUGUUGUUCGGGACACCGGAACACGGGCCGAUUCAUCGACGACGGCGUACGCAAGGUAUUGGCAACGAGCAGGCCACGAUUCGCGAGAUCGGUCGCGUUUCUCGGUUAAGCUUGGACGCUGCCGCGUUCAAUUGAUGGAUCGAUCGAUGAUCUCUCUUUCGUUUCGCGAAAUCGAUGCGAAUCGAGAUGGAGAAGAAAGAGAAGAAAAGAGAAAGGAGAAGGGAGAAAGAGAGAGAAAGAGAAGAAAGAAACGAAUAUACGUUUUUGCGAAAAAUUAUUAUUUAUUUUUUCGUACGUCUGCCGACGAGUCACCGUUUAGUUUAACUUGUGAAUUAAUUUUUGAUCGUUCAA